AUGACUUCUUGGACGCGAACAUCGAUCACCGCGGCGGCAGACUUGAUCUCUGCUGCGUCUCUUCAGCAUCGGGCACAUCUUGCGAAAGAGUUUUCAGCAGUUCGACGCGUCAGACCACGCGUACCGUUCAACCGACUCGCGGCGCAUCGUAUCCCGACACGAUGGGGUCUCUAUCGUGACUUGUUGCGUCGAUUACCGCCUAUACGAGGAAUGAGAGACAAGACUUGGAGAUUUGAACCGUUUUCUGCUGUGGAAUGGGACCCCAGGCUCCACGGGCACGCUCUACAGUGGCACGUUCGUACAGCCUUUCGACGAGAGCAACAUAACACUAGUCCGUAUAAAGUCAGGGCAUUUCUCACAUUCUGGUACAAGGUGCUGGAGCUACUGGAUACGGACCAUCCCAAGGCAAAAGUCGUGGCACGAUAUGAAGGCCUACUCCGACGCCAAAAGGAGCGCAAAGCGAUGGAAGAGUUGUAUGAUCGAGAGCUGAAAUGGAUACAACGUAUGAAGAAACGUCCGUAUUUGACGGGUGCAUUCAUGCGACCGACCUUGUACAACAAGCCGCUCCCCCGCAUGCGCAAUCAACCCAUUCAUAUCACGAUGAUGAUCAAGCAUAGGAUUCUCGCUCGCAUACGUCGCAUAGAAAGACAACAAAAAGCCACUGAAUGGCUUGAAGAUAUCCGGGCUGAGCGGGAGCUGGAGCAGAGGUUGCUCGAGGAGGGCAUGGAGGGCUCGGCGGAGUAUGCCUCAAAGGAAUACGAGGCUAAGCUUCACUCGACACUCGCAUCCAUACGCGCGGGGCACGCUCGGGACAGCGCACGCGCAAGAUCAGCAUACACACCAGAGAUGCUCAAAACGAUCAAAGCGGCGCGCCUUUUCAAGAUUGAGAACAAGACUCGGGAACGAGAGCGGGAGGGUCGAGGGGAAAUGACCAAGCGGGUUAUUCAGCGAAUGCGGCAGGGUCCGCCUGCGCAUAUUCUUGCGAAGAUGAGCAAAGAGGAGAAGCGGCUGGAUCGAAUUGCGAGAGAAGUGAGCUGGGGCGGGUACUCGGGCAAGGUCAAGCGACGCAUGAGGGAGAACGAUCGGAGAGCCAGCACGGGGCUAGGACCAUUGGCGAAAGACGAGGAAGCUGAAGAUUGCGAACCAGACCUCGGUGCAAGUGCGCAACAUCCAUCAAAGAAGGAAGUCGUCUCAAGUAUAGGGAGAGCGGAGGGGGUGCAGACUUUGAUGGGACAUCGAAAUCUAGAUGGAGAACGGACAGUACAACCACCGGAAUAG